AUGGAUCCUUUGUACUUUUCCGGCACUUUCAGCACGGAAGCCGCUCCCAGAGAGGCGAACUCCUCCCUGCUGCUGCCCAACGUGACGGAGAACGGGACGCUCCCGGAGCCAGCCCCGUUCCAGUACAUCCACAAGGUGCUGAUCCCCGUCUGCUACCUGCUGGUGUGCGCCCUGGGGCUGAGCGGCAACGCCCUGGUCAUCUACGUGGUGCUGCGCCACGCCAAGAUGAAAACGGUCACCAACAUCUACAUCCUCAACCUGGCCGUGGCCGACGUGCUCUUCAUGCUGGGCCUGCCCUUCCUGGCCACCCAGAACGCCAUCUCCUACUGGCCCUUCGGCUCCUUCCUCUGCCGCCUGGUGAUGACGGUGGACGGCAUCAACCAGUUCACCAGCAUCUUCUGCCUGACGGUGAUGAGCAUGGACCGCUACCUGGCCGUGGUGCACCCCAUCAGGUCCACCAAGUGGAGGCGCCCCAGGGUGGCCAAGCUCAUCAGCGCCACGGUCUGGACCUUCUCCUUCCUGGUGGUGCUGCCCGUCAUCAUCUUCUCGGACGUGCAGGAGGACUUCCAGACGUGCAACAUGAACUGGCCGGAGCCGGUCAACGUCUGGUCGGCGGCGUUCAUCAUCUACACCUCGGCGCUGGGCUUCUUCGGGCCCUUGCUGGUCAUCUGCCUGUGCUACCUGCUGAUCGUGGUCAAGGUUAAAUCCUCGGGGAUCCGCGUGGGCUCCACGCGGCGCCGCCGGUCGGAGCGGAAGGUCACCAGGAUGGUGGUGAUCAUCGUGGUGGUGUUCGUGUUCUGCUGGCUGCCCUUCUACACCAUGAACAUCGUCAACCUGAUCCUCAUCCUGCCCGCCGACCCCGUCCUCGAGGGGCUCUACUUCUUCAUGGUGGUGCUGUCCUACGCCAACAGCUGCGCCAACCCCAUCCUCUACGGCUUCCUCUCCGACAACUUCAAGCAGAGCUUCCGGAAGGUUCUCUGCCUCCGCAAGGGGGACGGGGCGGAGGAGGGCGACCCCGUGGAGCACCGGCAGGAGAACAGCAGCCGCCUGCAGGAGUCCAUGCUGACCCAGAGGAACGCCGAGUUCAACGGGCACAUGCAGACCAGCAAGGUCUGA